AUGUCAGCCGAACCGAAGACUAUUGCCGUGUAUGGUGCUACAGGUACUCAGGGGACCGCUGUCUCGCUGAGCCUGCUCCAGAGCAAGCAGAAUUUCGUGGUGCGGGCAAUUACUCGGAAUCCUCAAUCACCCAAGGCUCAAGCACUUGCUCGCCUGGGAGCACAGGUAGUGAAAGCAGAUGGUUUCAAUGAUGACGAGAUGCUGGCCGCGCUUUCCGGAGCUUGGGGCUUUUGGCUCAAUACCCAUCAUCACGACCCAGCACUCCUCACUCCUGAAGGUCCCGAUGACGAAGCGUUUGGCAAACGCCUUGUAGCGCUUGCUGCGGAAGCCGGCGUCAAGGUGUUUAUUUACAGUACGUGCGAGUCUCCUGCGCAGUUUACGUACAACAAGGCACCGGUACCUGGUAUGGAUGGCAAGAACAGAGUCGAGAUGUUUGCUCGAAGCUUUAAAGAGUUCGAUUCUGUCAUUGGUGCCUUUCCGGGAUGGUAUAUGGAGAAUUUUCUGGAUGAGGAAUAUGUAUCUUGCUUUGGAGGUUUUCCGUCUGUUCCAGAUGCCGAAGGCUAUCUUAGCUUUCACAGCCCACGUUGGGGAGGGGAUGGGAAAGUCCAGUUUAUCUCAGUCGCCGAUGACUUUGGAGAGAUGGUCCAUGGAAUGUUCCUGAAUCCAGCAAAAUGGAAGAACAAGACCAUCCAGUGCUUUAGCGACACGUUUACUUACGAUGAUAUGGCAAAGAUAUUUACCGAAGUUACCGGAAAGAGAGCUCGAUAUGUGCCUAUGGGCUCGUACAAGGUUUUCCCCACCCAUGGCAGUACCGUUUUGGAAGAGGUCCAAGAUGUUUUUAGAUACGCCCAGGCAAAUGAUGGCUGGUUCUUCGGAAAUCCGGACAAUAUCGACGAUGGGCGUGCCCUCAAGGAAGCAGCUCGGAAGGAUAAGGGACUGCCGGUUGAGCCACUCAUCUCAGUGAAACAGUAUUUCCAGAAACAUUUCGCCUAUCCAAACUAG